GGCAUUCAAAUUGGCUACCGUCGGAAUGCAACUGACUUCUUCCUCAAGGAGGAAGAAUUGCAAGUCAGCAUUAAUAUAUCCUCGGAUGAUUUUGCUGAAAAAGGGUCAGUGAUUGUAGGAUGUGUGUACAAAGAUCUUCAUGAAUUACUACUGAGAAAUCAAUCUACUGGAGAAGAACUUGACACUUCUAGGUAUGUUAACACCAGAAUAAUGACGGCAGCGAUGAAUCCUAAACCUGAAAAACUACGACGAGAUGUAAUCUUGAAGUUCAAAAACCUACAGGUCGUUGAGGAAGAAAAGCAUUGCAUGUUUUGGAGUGGUUUCAAAAAUAGUCCGGAUGGGUUUUCAGAAGAGGGUUGUCAUGUGGAUCAUUCGAAGAGCAACUCAGAAGAAACAAUUUGCAGCUGCAAUCAUUUGACUCAUUUCGCUGUCUUAGUUGACUUCAGCGGCAGCACAAAGCUUUCCGAGAACGACGUAGCUGUUCUGGAGAUCAUCACAUACGUAGGGUUAAGCCUAUCCAUCAUCGGAAUACUUUCGACAAUAACCUUAUAUUCUUUCCUCACAGAUCUUCGUCAACCUCUGUCCCAAAUACGCGUAAGUCUUGCUGUGGCUUUAGGAGCUGGACAAAUAUGUUUUUUCGCUGGUAUAAAUGCCACAGAGAUCAAGGCUGUGUGUGUCAUAGUAGCAGCUAUUAUGCAGUAUUUUCUGAUGGCCGCUUUCUGUUGGAUGCUGGUCGAGGGAAUUUAUCUCUACCUGUUUGUUGUAAAAGUUUAUAACAUCAACGACAAGAUGCGCAUAUAUCACGUCAUGUCAUGGGGUUUUCCCUUAGUUAUGGUGGCCAUUUCACUGUCUAUCGCUGCUGGAAAAGAAGGGAUACAGGGUUAUACCAGCGACAAAUUUUGUUGGAUAUCCUCAGCGAACAAUUUGAUAUGGAUAUUUGUCACAUUUGUGAUUACAAUUGAAGUGAUCAACAUUUUGAUACUCACACGAGUCAUAAGGGAGAUGGCCAGAAUGCAGCAAACAGGAGACAAGCAAAGUCAGCAAUUACGAGUUGGCAUUAGAGCAUGUGUUGUGAUGAUCCCCCUGUUGGGUGUCACGUGGUUAUUUGGUCUUCUGUCGCCAUUACACAAAGCUUUUUCCUACAUUUUUACCAUCCUCAACUCUACUCAAGGUUUCCUGAUUUUCGUUCUUCACUGUGUGCGAAACAGCCAGAUUAGAGAGCGAUUCAAAAGGAAGGUGAACACGGUUUUCCCAUCUACAAACAAUGGAAACUCCACAAAGAAGAGCUCACAGGUUAAUCCAAGUGGUGUCGGUGAUACAUGGGUAGCUGAAUUGCAGUCUUUCGAUGAAUUUGAGCUGGAAAAACACUCGGCUUGAAGAGCUAGAUUCAACACGGACCAAGCAUGAAACUCCAUUGUUUAAUUGUUUAAUUUGAUUUUUAAGCUUAGUUGGUCAAUCGCAGUUGCUCAUUUUUCGAUCUUUCAGGAAGAUUUCGGCCGUUCCAAUCGAGGCAUUAGCUUCGUGAAUAAGUCAUACUUAAGGUGUCACUUACUGCGAUAAUAGGGCAACUUGCCAAAGGUAGUAGCGUUUAAUGUAAGC